AUGGUUCGUUUGAAGAGUAGAUACAUUCUUUUUGAAAUACUGUUCCCUCCUACUGAGAUAUCUGAAGAUGAACUUGUCACCAAGAAAGAUAUACUUUUAAGUUAUCACAAAGUUUCACCUCCAGAUAUCUCUAGUAAAUCGAUAUUGCAAGAGAUACGACGUUCGUUGCAAUUGAAUCUGGGUGAUUAUGGCUAUGGGAAGGUCAAUUCGCUUUUGCAACUGAAAUAUUUCUCAAAUAAUACAUCAACAGGCAUACUUCGAUGUCAUAGAGAAGACACCGAUCUGCUAUUAACUGCUCUUUUUACUAUCAGUAAGAUAAAUGAAAUAACAAAUUUGAUAAUAAACCCCAUUAAAGUCAGCGGUACUAUAAAAAAAAUUGAGCAGUACUCAAUUAGAAGGAAUGCAAAAUUCUUAUCUUUAAUCAAGGCUGAUAGUAGUUCCGUAUUAACUAAUGAUUUUACCAACGUUAAUGAAGAUGAUAACGAUGAAUUAUAG